AAACACGCAAUCUUUGUGUAAAUCCUAAAUUAAGAUCCUCAGUGAAUAUUAUGGGCUAUCUUUAUUAUUAUCAUUACCUCUGCUUUUUGUAGCACCUUGUGACUGUUUUGUUUUUACUUGACUGGUCACUGGCAUCCUAACAAGCAUGGAGAUAAGAUUAGAAGUUUUGACAUCCACGAGCAUCAAGCAGAAGAGACCCUGGCCGCGAGUCUCCUGGCUGGGACAGGAAAAUGAAGCUGUUUUUCUUCUGGAUGACAAACUCAUAAAUGAAAUUAACCUGCUCUCAGGGAGGACAAAGAAGAAAAUCCCUCAUCUGCAGCCUUUCCUGAAGGAUGUUGUUGUCCUGACAACGUCCAGUAAUGAUGCGUGGCUGGCUGGGCUGCUUACCACAGGGGAGCUUUUCCUUUGGAACAAGGAUCACGAUUGUUUGAAAACCGUGCAAGCAACUGAAAAGCCCAAGGAAAUGAUUCAAGCUGCGAUAGCAAGCUCUUUGAGACUGUAUCUGUAUGUAUCUGGAGAUGGGAAAAGAGUUCUGAUUAUAACUCCUUCUGGAUGCGUGUUUCUUUGGGAAUAUUUGGAAUUCAAGAAUAUCUUAUCUUCCAAAAGCUCUUCACUGAUGGGCCGGUGGUCCCAGAUCCUGCCCGAAGAAGCAGUGCGUUUGCCUUCCACCGAAGAUAAAGAAGCUGCAGUACAUGCUGUUUUUGUAAGAAAUGAGUUAUUUGGAGACUGCUGCUUGUGUUCAUUUACUUUUUAUUCUGGGGACUGCCUGAAGGUGACAUUUCUAGCAGUGCGGUGGCAUGAGAAUGUACUUAUACCUAUAAGAUCCUUACCAUACCGUGUUCACUGGGCACAGCAAGAUUGCCUUCUGGGUAGUCUGAUUCCUCCGUGUGAACCAGUAAAAUCAAGGGGAGCUCUGAUUUCUGCCUUUUCCAGAGAUGGCCUUACCCUGGCAGUGACUCUCAAUCAGAAGGACCCGAAGGCAACUCAGGUAUUAUUUAUAAACACACUGAAUUUUGUUACUCUCUGUGGCAGCCUUAAAGGGUGUAGCAAUAAGAAUCCUGUGGUUCCAGCUACACUUGUCAGGUCCUACUGGGUGGGCGAUGUCAGCUGGACGCCGGAUAGCCUUCUUCUGGCCUGCGUGUUGAAGCGCGGCUCCCUGCUUUUACUGACUUGCCAAGGGGAAUUGCUGACACUCAUCACUUCCGGGUGCUCUAUAGAGUUCGGGCCAGCAGAGUUCAUUCCUCUUCACCCACUCAUAACAUAUAGACCGCAGCAGUUUAUCUUUAAAGAUUCAGAAGGUUCUGUGGAUUCGUCGGCUUCGGAAGGCGACCCCAUGCGACAGCGGUUCUCCGUGAAGGCACACUCGCGGCUGCCCUACCUCCUCGUUUCCGACGGGUACAUGGUCACGGCGCUGCGCUUCCUGGGUAACCUGUCUCCGUCGGUGCUCGUGAGGUCCCUGCUGCUGGAUUCCACCCAGAGGCUGGAGAAGACAUACCAAAGUGUGAAGUUGUCUAAGCCGAAAGGCAAAGGGCUGAACUUGAGAUCACUGGAUUCCCUGAGGCUGAUCCUCUUAGAACACCAAGGAGUGGAGCGUUCGGCUGAUCCUGCUGUCCCCAGGUUCUUGCAGGAAGAAGAAACAGUGGAGUUACAUGGAAAACCAGCAGACUUGCAGGAUUUUGAAGCAGAAGAAACUAACGAAAGCACAUACUUUCCAAACAACUUAUCCUCUUUUUGGAACCGGAAAAACAAUCCGUUGUUUAGUAGUGCUGAGGAGGGAAGACUGGAAUUUGCGUCUAUGUUUGAUACGAUACAUGCAAAGGACAGCACCGAGGAGUCAGACAGAACCAUUGCAGAACUGCAUUCUGUCCAGAAAAAUCUUCUUGCAGCGUGGACUAUUGGAAUUUCAAAAAAUGUGAAGGAGAAACAUUUAAUGUUAAAUUACACAGUAGUUUGCAUUACUCAUUUUUUCUACAUUCUUCAAUUUAUAGAAUGCCCUUUCCCCAAACUUGACCUUUAUUUAAGCAAAAGCCCAAGACAAAAUGCAUGGGUGCUUUGUGUCUUUCAACUCCUGCAUCAGUGCUUAUCGGCCCAGCACUGGGCCGUGGGGUCCGGACCGGCGGUGGGGCCCGUGCUGAAGCUGGCCGCCAGCGCUGUGCAGCUGCUGCUGCCUCGGCCGCGGUGGGGCCCGCUGUCCUUGGAGCGGCUCUUAGCCUGUUUCCACUUGCUCAGGAUGGUCGCUGAUCAUUUAAACGGCACGUGUUGUCUGCAGCCCGAAGUUAUUUCAGCAUCGAAUCAAGACUCAUUGGUGGUACCCAUUUUCCAAAUACUUGAAGAUAGUCAUUCUCGGGGAAAAUGGUCUUGGUGCUCAUCUUUAAAGACUCCUCCGCAAGCAGUAACUCUUGUUCCGCAGCCAGGCCACAGAUUGCUGGUCCUCUGGAGAGCACUGUAUAAAAAAACUCUGUGGUAUCAAACACAGUUAAGUCACAGAGUUCCUACAGGUGACAGGCAGUUAACCGAAAAGAUGGCACAUGAAACAGCUACUGUCCAGUCCUUGUUAUGUCACAUACAGGCUGCCCUGCAGGCCGCCGGAGUCUGCCUGGACCCGACCUUGGAGCUCAAGUCUAUCGAGGGUGAAGAGUGUUUCCUGUUAGGAUCCUAUGAAAAGUCUGUCCAGCUGUGGAAGGAAGCUCUGCAAGAAGCCCAAGAAAAUGGAGGAAGAAGGACCUGUUUUCUUCAGACACGCUAUUACCUUUCUCUCUUGUACUGCCACCUGUACAGCUAUAACUUAAAUGAUGCUCAAGGAUUGUGUGAUCAGCUAGUAAGAGCAGUACUGACAUGGUCCCACCUACCCGUAAGAGAAAAUGAAGAUAGUUCGGCUCCCGAGCAGCCUCCCCACGGGCUGGGGGUGGCCGGAGCGGCGCACCCGGCGGCUGUGGUGCGGGUGAUCCAGUGCAUGGCCCGGUUCAUGGCCGCCUACUUCACCAACCGGCGACUCUGCAUUUUGCCGCCUCACAGUGUGAACGUCCUUCCGCCCCUUCAUAUUGAAAGAGAGUGGCCCCUCCGGCUUAUCCCUCUGCAGCACUCGAAGGUGGCCAGUGCUGUUAGAGACCAGAAUCUUUCCAGUGUGUGGACAGUGGAAUAUGCCCUUGAGUUACUGUUUAUUGGGGGCCUGGUUCCGGAGGCUGUGUGGUUGGCACAUGAGCUUGGAGACUGGAAGACAUCUGUUUCGAUUGGUGUGGCCUUCCAGCUGUUCUGUAAACUAGACCCCAGUUUCACGAGGUGCAAGAAAAAGGGCCAGAAUCUACCAUUAAACAUGACUCCAGCACGGAUUUUCCAGGAAAAGCUCCAGCGUUUUUUAGGUCAGCCAGCUUCUUUGGGAGCGAAAAAUGAAACGGGCUCAAAAUACAAACAAUUUACAGACCCCAUCGAAGAGGAAGAUGUGAGUCAGCUGUUGGGCGCAUUGCAAGAAGUGCUGAAAGCCGCAGUCAUGGCCGACGCAGACGUCCUCUCGGGGACGUUUCAGCUCCUGGUGACCUCGGCCAAGGACUUCAGCAAGAGGCUGUGGGGCUUGGUGCCGGGCGCCUUGUACCUGCCGGCUCCCCCCCUGUACUGCCCUCAGCCGGCUGUUCUUAGCGAGGAAGAUGGGGAUGAUCUCCUUCUAAAAGCCGAAAAAGAGAACCGCCAGAAGCUGUCCGGUGUCCUCCAGCGCCUCCUCCUGCUCUUUCGGGCAGCAUGCUGCUCCUUCCCCGCAGCCCAGUGGUACCUCCUGCAGCUGCGGCGGGCCCGCAAGGUCAUGCAGAAGAUUCGGAUGAAAGGGUCCCUUUCUUCGCUGAGUCCUUUUCCUCAGUCAUUACUUAAUUACUGUGUAGGAGGCAUAGCAUUCUUUCGACCUGGAGCAGCCGGAGACAAGAAGCUUGAUGAAGUUUCCAUUAAAGCAAUAGGCUGCUUCCGGGAGCUCUGUGCCGUGUGUUGGAUGCUGCACGUCCGGGACCAGUUAUCCUACAGUUGCAGACAGUAUCAGAAGGCAAGAGAAGACGCGGUAGGAAGGAAGGGUCUCCAGGUGGAGUUUGACUCCCGCGUGGUGGAGUGCUGCCUCAGGGCCGUGGAGUGGGCCUGCCGGAUGCUGCCCUUCUCCCGGUUCGCCAACACCGAGGAGCUCACUCAGGACCUGAUUCUGAGCCUCGUCGCCGAACUGCCCCCGAUCCGGCAGGUAGCAGAGAUUUUUGUGAGAGCAUUUCCCAAUCCUGAGGACAUCAGGGUUCCUUUAAGAGAAAAAUACCACUCUCUUCAACAGAGACUCAGGCAGUGUGUCGUGAAAGGUCCCCACGCUGAGGAAGCGAUGUCGGUCCUCAUGCACUCCAUGGACAAAGUGAGGGUCAAGGCCCUGAGGCGUGUGCAGAGAAACAUAGGAGCUUUCGAGACGCACAUAUGGGAGCCGGCCGGAGAAGAGCUGCUGGCCGAGGGCGCAGGUUUCGACAGGUUUUCCCUGGGGACUAGCUUGAGCAGGAGCACGCUCACCGACCUGGGCAGCUCUCUGGUGCACAGCGACGACGCGGAUACUGUCUCUGAAGCUCUGUCGGUGGGAGAAAGAAGGAGGACACAGUUCUCUGAAAGAGAUGCCCCAAAUCACAUAGAAUUUGCAUUGAUUGCUAAGCCCAAUGAUAAAAAGAAAAUAGGUAAUCAGAAAGAAAAUCUUAACAGACAAGAAGAUCAUGAAAAGUUAUUACAAAAUGAACUUCCCGUAGUAGGCGUUUGGGAGUUUGAGCGUGAUGAUGAUGAAUAUGUGAAGUUCCUUGAACUCUUCUUGAGCUAUGUCCUUGAAAGAGACAUGGGUGGUUCCAAGGAUCCUGGCAUUCCAUUUCUAACCAGUUUUUCCGCACAUCUUAGAGAGCACGAACUUAACCCUUUGCUCUUUGAUAUACGCACAACACUGAAAGGACGUCAGGGCACACCCGGAAGCCAGAACGUGUUCAGAGCCGGCUCCUGCUUUGCUGCUGCUCCGGAGCCAGAGCCGCGUGAGUCUGCACAGCCCGAAAGCCAGGCGCUUGCAGCUCCCGUGGAGGGUAGUCAAGGGGUCGGACCUUCUCUAGCAAACCCCUGGAAUGAGGGUAAUAGGGGUGAAGGGAAGAGUGGAUUGUUUGGUUUAAAACAAAGGUCAGUCUACAGAACACACGACGGCAACACGGAGAAACCUGUGAUCCAGAGACUGACGGACUCUGCUCUCUGCACCCCCAAGCCCGUCAAGAGGAGAAGGUGUGUUUUCGAAGUGAUUCGGUGCAGCGAUACUAACCCCGCGGAGGAGCUUCCACCAGCGCUGACCAGCACCCCGGGCAGCCUGCGGAGGCUGCUGGAGUGGAUGGUGCGCUGGGCCGACCGCAGGCUGCCCUGCGCCCCGCGACCCUCCGUGGCACCCUGCGGGCGCAGCCCUGUCCUCCGUGUGCGGACCUCCACGGCCGCCAUCCUCACGGCACUGUGGCUUUCGCAGCAGCCCUACCUUGCGACCUACAAGGCGAAUGAUGUCGUUAUUAAGGUACCAGAGAGCCCUCCCACGGGGUGUCAGAGUGGACCCAGAGCUGAGAGUGGCCCCAAGACCGACGCUGGCUGCGUGGCGGCAGGACCCAUGCACGCUGGGCCCGAGGAGGGACAUGGUCACGAUGAAGCUGGUCGAAGCAUCUGGAGUAGGAUGCCCGCUGAAGCCGAAGCUCCUGAAAUAAAAGAGUGCAACCAUAUUACUUCUGUCACCAAUGAUACUGAAAAAGAAUUUAUAGAUAUCGAUGCAGAUCUUUUAGGAAUAGAAACGUUUACACAGGAGGAAAUGAAUACAUACCCAUCAGACGAUGAAGAAGAUGCUGAAGAACCUGUGGGAUGUCUCCGAAGUCCCGCUGUGAGCACCGGCAUGCAGACCUCCCCACAGCUCUUAGAGGAACACUCCACCGGGGAGGGCCGGUGUCUGAGGGAGGAGCCCCUGGACACACAUGUGGAGGAAGGACCUACUGGACAGAAUGGUAUGAUUGAAGACUUUUCAAAUCCUGAACACACCAUUCCUGAUUCAUUUUGUGUAGACACAAGUUCAGAAAUUUCUAGCGCUCGGCUCUCCGCAUCGUGGAAAGAGACGCCUCCCGCAGACCCACCUCUGGUGUCCGAUGGAGCCAGGGCCGCUUCACGCUCGCCCGUGCCCGCAGCCCCCGGGCCCCCGAGAGACGGGCCCAGGGCCCCAGAUUCUUCCGGUUCUGUCAGGCAGAUGCUCCAAGACGAGAUGUUCAUGUUAGUUCAGCUGCAACAGAUCAACUUCCUGAGUCUGAUGCAGAUAGUAGGGUCGUCCUUUGCUAACCUCCCCGGUGGACACCUGUGUGCUCAGCAGUCUCCGUCCGCGCCGCUGGUGGGAAGCCAGGCGUCGCACCUGGCCAGAGGGAGUGGUGAUGCUGAAGACCCCGGCGGGAGUCUGAAGGAGAGGCCGUUCACUAAACCGCCGUCGGUGGGAGCAUGCACAGGAGACCCUGGCGGGAAGAGCCCACCCUCUUGGAAAGGAAUCGUGCAGUCUGAUCAGAGUGGCAAGGCAGAGUCACAGAAUGUUCCACAUGGGAAUAUUCCUGGUCCAUUGGAAGGCCAACCCCAGAACAGCGGCCUGCCUGCAGCAUCUGAAAGCUUACCAACGACUUCCUUUCCCCCAGCCCCUGCUGCAAAUGCUCACCUCCAGCUUUUGCUCACGUCUGCCAUUACGAACACGCAUAGAUUUCUCCCAGCUGCAAAUGCUUUUAGACCGGAUGGUGGUUUUCCUUUGCUUCAGUUUCAGCCUAAACACAAAUUUAAGCCCCUUCUCCUCCCGGCAGGAAGAGCUCUGCAAGUUCCCUGCGGGCCUCUGCCACAGCCAAGAGAGGCCUGGGGGCCUCCCGCUUCCUCCCAGCCGCCUCUGCCCCACGGAGCAGUGCACACUCCUGCAGUGCCCCAUCCGGAUCUGAGCCAGCAUAACGUGGGAGCCGUGCCAAAGGCCGCCGAGCAGAAGAGAGGGGCAGAAACGACCAGUACAGAAGCCUCUAAGCAUGUGACCUUGGACCAGCGCAUUGGACAAGAACACUUGACACCCCAGCAGGACUCUUCAAUGUUUGUAAAGCCAGAGAAAGUAUUUGACGUGAAGCCAGGGCCCCUGGAGACGUCUGCUCAGAACGCCUGUGGAUUUCCACUAUUGCACCUGCAACUUAGGCCUCCUUGUGCAUUUCCCUCCGUCUCAGGAGCACCAGUCCCAGUGCCCUCCGCGCCUCUCAGAGCCGCUGCAGAAGGCGGCAGACACCCAGGGCUGCCGUUACUUCCCUCCCGCCUCCUGCAGGAGGACCCGUACAAAGCCCCAUGUCCUCCAGUGGAAAACCUCUCUGAGUUUGGACAAAGCCGGCUGAAACCAGCACGUGGCGUACCUGAGCUGGGCGAUCCUGGGACCCUUCCACUUGUCAGGGGCGCAGCGGGACCUGCUGAAGCGAAGCAAGGAAAGGACGGCAAAAAAAGGCGGAGACGGCGAGCUGAGAAGGAGCUGCAAGAACAGCCAUCAGAGAAACUAGGGACAAAACCGGGUGUGGCUCUCCGGCCGGACGAGGAUUCAGAAAUAGCUCCACAACCCAAGGAGCAGCAAGAACAGCGUGGUUCCCAGACCCUGGAGGACUUCGAAAUCCCCCUUGAAAUGCUACGAAAGGACCUCGCCACGCCGGCCGGGCUGCACUUCAUGGCCUGCGUGAGGCGGACCGCGCUGGGGCGGCAGGACGCGAGCACCAACACAGACCCAGGAGUCUUCAGCCUGCCCUCCACAGCGGCAGCACCAGUCUGCCUUCCCCCCAACGGUGCCCGAGGCUUCCCUUUCCUCCACAUCGUUGCCAGCACUUGUUGUUUGUGGGCAGCCGUUCCGACAGGUGUGCGGCGACGCCUCGCUGCAGUUUUAGUUGGGCACCUUCUCGUGCGCCUGUCGCUCACCUGCGAGACAUUCCCAACAGACCUGCGAGAAAGCCCCUGUUCUCCAUGGCCGGCUCAGCCUCCGGAGCCUGCCGCCUGCUUGCUAGGGUCCGGCAUUCAUCCUGGCCAUCAGUACUUAACUCUUUCUGCGUUUGUGAAAUCCUUUUUCUCUAUUUUCUCUUUUUGCCUCAAAUUUUCUAACUGGUUACAAGAUAAAGAAGCGGCUUCUCAAGAGAUUGUUUCUGAUUGUCGUGAAAACCAGCCACCCAUUUCUUCCAUAUCAGAACGUGAGCCUGCAAACACCCCUCCACCAGUGGCUCGGGAGGGACCUCUGCAUCUCAGACUCCCUGCGGGGACAGCAGAGAGACCCUUGUCACCUUCGGCCUCGGGCACGGUGCUGGAUCAGGCUGAGGCUCGGGUUGGACACACGUACCUAAAUGUGAUCGACAUUGAAGCCAGUGACCUCCAGGAGUUACCUGUCAAAGAGCCCUCAGGUGAUAGCCCCGUCAGGCAGCGCCUGGACGGCCCGUCCUCUGCGGAGCUGCACUGCAUGGCCUCCUCCUUGGUCACGGGUGCUGUUCCCCUGCGCAAUUUUAAGAGCCACGAUAUGCCAAAGCCAGGCGUGCAGCGCGGAGAGCAGAGCUCGCAGCCAGGCGCCGCGGACAGGGAUGAGCUGCGGGACUACCUCCUGCAGGAGCUGCUGCUGCGGGGCGUCUCUGCGGCUCCCCCCGCCCCCGCCCCCGGCGCUGCCGCAGCCGGCCGGCUGGGGCGGCUCACCGCCCAGCUGCGGAAGAUGGACGCGCAGCUGCUGGCCAUCGGGAGGAUCGCCGCGGACAUAGAGCAGGACUUCCCCCAGCGCGGACUGGCGGACCUGCCGUGCGAUAAGGUUGAGUCUGUGGGUCACACCGAGUUGUCUUCGGGCCCUGAGUCUGAAAGGACAUUGGCUUCCAGAACCAUCAGCCUUUCCAAAGGAGACUCCGGAUCAGUGCAUUUCCUGACUCACGUGGAUAAGGACCAAAGUGACACAGAGCUGCCUUUCGAAGCUGAAUUUUCAGUAACAGAAAUUCACUCUCAUCCAAAAACCUGUGUGUUUCCUUUGGCCGAUUCCACCGUCAGCCUCUCUAGUGACCAGAAUGCAAGUUUUCCAGGUGUGAAUAACAGUGAUGAGUUAUUUGAGAGCGCGUCGGCGGACCCGCUGCAGGAGUCCGGGCUCGCGGACAUCGCCGACAUCAUCGAGGACCUCCUCACCGAGGGCGGCGUUUCCAGGGAGGAGCUGGGCCUGACGGAGCAGCAGGCCAGGAGCAUCUCCAGAAUUCGCCGUUCUCCGGAUAGACGUCCCCGCAGGACUGAGAAGGAGAGGAGAGAGAUCCAGGUCUGGAUGAGAAGAAAACGGAAGGAGAGGACGGCGGAGUACCUGCGUCAGCUGGCGGAGAAGAGGGGCCAAGAGCACGACCCUUUCUGCCCCAGGAGCAACCCAUUUUACGUGACUUCGAGGGAUAUCAGGCUGAGACAAAAGAUGAAGCACGAGAAGGACAGACUGCUGCUCUCGGACCACUACAGUCGUCGCAUCUCGCAAGCGUACAGCCUGAUGAACGAGCUGCUGUCUGAGUCGGCGCAGCUGCCAGCGGCCGCCCAGAAGCCCCCGCCCGCUGCCCCCCGAGCCGCCUGCGCCUCUAGACUGCAGCGCUCCCUUUCUCCCAGACGAGAGACUCCAUGUGGUCACAGUUUUCCAGUAAAUCGACCUGAAAAAGUCAGAUACACACGCAAACCCAGUGACGGCCCCACAGGGCGACCUCCGGAGCAACCUCGAGGCUCGCCUCGGCCACGCGGAGCUGCCACUGUCGCCCAGAAAAAAACUGGGGGAGCCCGAGUGGCCACGAGAAGGGCCGUGGUGCAGUCUCCGGUCACCUUCCCAAAAGGCUCUGCCGCUGUGUGUCGGGGGCCACAUCAUGCAAAAAGGCACGGCGGUGCGGGGCCUGCCCCUCCGAGCAAGCAGGCGUGCGUGGAGGACCGGAGGGCGGGGCCUGCGGGGAGGCCCUGGCCGGUGCCUCCGGGCGUCCGGGAGAUCCUGCUUGGCAGUCGCAGCUCCCUCCUACAGGACCUGUCACCGGCUGAAGAGGAGCCGGAGCCUCCCACCGGGGCGGGCGGCCUGGACGGCGCGUCCGAGAGCACCGGCAGCAUCCUCAGCCAGCUGGACUGGGGCGCCGUCGAGGCCAUGGUGGCCGGCGUGGACGACAAGAGCCCUUCUGUGCACUGGGCCCUGGACCCGUGAGGCCUGAAGAGCGCCCCCUGCUGCCGGGCCGGCACCCCAGCCAUGUCGUUCCGAGGGACGUGGGUUUGAGGGACAGAAGCAGGGGAAGAAGUGAGGUCACUGUACCACCUGGAGCCAUAUCACUACCUGAAUAAGCCAUUUCAGCAGGGAAAAUAAACAUUUCUCAAUGACUCAGCCCUCAUGGGAAAGGGUUCUUUAACUGUAGGUGUAUUAUAUGUUUUUGCAUUUGAUUAUCUUUAGGCAUAAUUUUUUAAGUGAUGAAAAAUAAAACGUACCUUUCAAGUCAAGUUUA